UUUUUAUAAACGAUAUCGAUUUAAGGGGGAUUUUUUUUUCUUUUCUUGUUAUUCCUCCUAUAAACAAAGCUAUCGAAACAAAGCAUCCAAAAAAAAAGAAGAAGAGAGAAACAUGAACAAAUUUGCGCUUGUCUUCGUACCAUUUCCUAUACUUGGUCAUCUCAAAUCAACCGCCGAGAUGGCUAAGCUACUAGUGGAGCAAGAAACUCGCCUCUCUAUCUCCAUUAUCAUCCUUCCUCUUCUUUCCGGAGACGACGUCAGUGCUUCCGCUUAUAUCUCAGCUCUUUCCGCCGCAUCCAACGACCGCCUUCACUAUGAAGUGAUCUCGGACGGAGAUCAACCAACCGUCGGGUUACAUGUCGAUAACCACAUCCCGAUGGUGAAACGUACCGUUGCAAAACUCGUUGAUGACUACUCAAGGCGGCCGGACUCGCCGAGGCUCGCUGGUUUAGUUGUUGACAUGUUUUGUAUCUCGGUGAUAGACGUGGCUAAUGAGGUUAGUGUUCCGUGUUACUUGUUUUACACGUCAAACGUUGGGAUUCUUGCUCUUGGGUUACAUAUUCAGAUGUUGUUUGAUAAGAAGGAGUACAGUGUCAGUGAAACUGAUUUUGAAGACUCGGAAGUUGUGUUGGAUGUUCCGAGUUUGACUUGUCCUUAUCCGGUGAAGUGUCUUCCUUAUGGUUUGGCAACGAAAGAGUGGCUUCCUAUGUAUCUAAAUCAAGGUAGAAGAUUCAGAGAGAUGAAAGGUAUUUUGGUAAAUACUUUUGCUGAGCUUGAACCUUAUGCGUUGGAGUCUCUUCACUCUAGUGGUGAUACUCCUCGUGCUUAUCCAGUGGGACCAUUGUUGCAUCUCGAGAACCAUGUUGACGGUUCUAAAGACGAGAAGGGUUCGGACAUUUUACGGUGGUUAGAUGAACAACCACCUAAAUCGGUAGUGUUCCUCUGCUUUGGAAGCAUAGGAGGCUUUAACGAGGAACAAGCAAGAGAAAUGGCCAUUGCACUUGAGAGAAGUGGUCACCGCUUCUUGUGGUCUCUUCGCCGUGCAUCUCGAGAUAUAGAUAAGGAACUUCCCGGAGAAUUCAAGAAUCUUGAAGAAAUUCUCCCGGAAGGAUUCUUUGAUCGGACAAAGGAUAAAGGAAAGGUGAUCGGAUGGGCUCCACAAGUAGCCGUGCUGGCUAAGCCAGCAAUCGGAGGUUUUGUUACUCAUUGCGGGUGGAACUCGAUACUCGAGAGUCUUUGGUUCGGUGUUCCUAUAGCGCCAUGGCCGUUAUACGCUGAGCAGAAGUUUAAUGCUUUCGUGAUGGUGGAGGAGCUUGGUUUGGCAGUGAAGAUAAGAAAGUAUUGGCGAGGCGAUCAGUUGGUGGGAACGGCGACGGUCAUAGUGACGGCAGAGGAGAUAGAGAGAGGAAUCAGAUGUUUGAUGGAGCAAGAUAGUGACGUGAGGAAUAGAGUGAAGGAGAUGAGUAAGAAAUGUCACAUGGCUUUAAAGGAUGGUGGCUCGUCUCAAUCUGCUUUGAAAUUAUUUAUUCAAGACGUUACGAAGUAUAUUGCUUGAGAAUAGCUAAACCGGAGCAUGCAACGCUCUUGAAUGUUGUGUCCCUUUUAUAUAUUAUCAGUUUAUCACUAGAUAUGAUAAUUUGCAUGUGUUCUAUUUACGUGUGUUCUAUCUUUUGAGUGAUCAUGAGAAAAAUA